AUGCUCGGUGCGCUUCACGAAGACUCGAACGCCAACGAAAUGCGCCUGUCAGGGAAAACCUCCAGCGAGCUCGCCACACUUUUGCACUUGAACAGUCCACACGAGCUUGUACUCAUCUUUCCAAACGUCGAGCCUCGAACGAUCCUCAAUAUCGACAAGUUGUCCUGUGGGCUUCGUAUCCUCGAAGAAACACAGGCAUACCAUUCAAAAAUUAGUUUAGAUGAUUCGCUGAUCCAUUUCUUCAAACGACUCGACAUUGAAUCCGCGCAUUUCGGGCCUGGCACUCCGUUCUUACUCAAUGAUCUCCAAAUUGAGGAUGACGUAGGAAAUAAAAAUCAUUUUUCUGAAAUGAAAAAUGUGACGGAUGUACACCGGAGUGUGACAAUAUUGUUGAAUCUGGGUCUCCCUUUUCUCGCUCGAUGCUGGCCAUCAUCCGCUGUUCAGAUUGCGGCGGAAUACAACGAAUUCUUUCAAACGCAGCAACAUAUAUUGUCCCUGAAUCUUGAAUUUCAGUACCAUUUUGGGAUAUUCUAUCGGGACAUCUAUCAUACACUUUGCGACCGCGAUCAGCGAGGUGUUGAUUUACUUCAACUGCAGAGUCUUUCACAGAUCCUUAGUUUGAAGACAUGUCUCAUCAAAGGACCAGUACCUGCUGCCUUGACACCAGAGUACAUCAGCCUCCUCUCAGCACAUCAAGCAUUUCUAGCCAAGUCUGGCGAUCGGCCAUCGUUCACGUUGGACUACGGUGUCGUUCCGGGUUUGUGGGUCGUCGCAUCGCAGUGUCCAGACUGUUCAAUUCGAUUACAAGCAAUCCACACCUUAGAGUGCUGGCCUCACUGUGAGGGACUCGUCAAUUCUAAUGUCAUUGUCUCUAUGGCUCUCAAAAGUCUGAAGGCGGAACUACAGACUCGUGGUCAAUUAUACGGCUCGAUUAUAGGUGUCGGCAAGGAAGAGGAACUUUCCAGGUUUCUUUUUGACGAAUUAAUGUCAAAACAGCAGGUGACAAGCUGGUCUUUUAUUCGUGGAACUGAAUUGGGUCUGACGCAUUCCACAUAA